CCACUAACUCGACCGGGUCUGGGUCAACCCGCGGGUUUGACAACAACCUAAUGGAGUGAGCUAGCCCGGCCCUGGCCCUCCUCCGGAAGAGAUAGAGACAGGCAGAGGGAGGAGUCAGUGAGUCACAGUGGCGGAGGCAAAAAUGUUGCAGCUCAACUCGCUAGCUUCUUCUCAAUUGAGUACCCAAAACCCUAAAAUCCACCCUCAGCAUUCGCUCUCCUCGUCACAGUCUCACGGAACAUUUCCCGUUCCUGCCAAAAGAUGCGCCCUUUCUUUCACUAGAACCGCGAGCAGGGGCGGGAUGCUAGCCGUGAAGUCGUAUUUCGACCAGCAGAAGACCAGCAACAGUCCCGUGAUUUCUUCAGGGAACAGUUCUUUUGCUUCGCGCUCCGAGGGAGCUUCAAAUGUUGGGGAAUCGCCUGCUAGGGUUUAUGUGGGACAUUCAAUAUACAAAGGGAAGGCUGCACUUACGGUAGAGCCUCGAGCACCGGAAUUCACAGCACUAGAGUCAGGAGCGUUCAAGCUUGUCAGGGAAGGUUUUGUGUUGUUGCAAUUCGCGCCUUCAGCUGGUGUUCGCCAGUAUGAUUGGGGAAGAAAGCAGGUAUUUUCGUUGUCGGUUGCAGAAAUUGGAACUGUAACGAGUCUCAGAGCAAAGGACUCAUGUGAAUUUUUCCAUGAUCCUAAUAUGGGGAAAAGCGAUGAAGGUAAGAUCAGGAAGGUAUUGAAGGUAGAACCACUUCCAGAUGGUUCAGGACACUUCUUUAACCUAAGUGUCCAGAACAGACUCUUGAACGUGGAUGAUAGCAUUUACAUUCCAAUUACAAGGGCAGAGUACACUGUCCUUGUUGCAGCUUUCAAUUACAUCUUACCCUACCUAAUAGGCUGGCAUGCGUACACAAAUUCAAUACAACCGGGCGACUCGAACACAAAACCAAAUAAUGCCAGCCCGAGCUACGGAGCAGACUACGAAUGGAGCAAGUAGCUUACCGGUGAGGCAAUUCUAACGACAACACAAGGAUCUGCAACAAGCCGUAUGCUUUCGUAUCAUUUAUCCUGUUCGGGGGCAAUCAUCCUCUUGUAUCAUAUUGGUUCAUUGAUGAAGGUCAGCAAAUUUUGCUUCUGCCAUAGUUCUGUCUUCUCCUCUCGGGGACUUAGUUAUCUGUAUUGCUAGGGUGUAGAGCUUUUCUACAAGCUAAGUAUUGAGAUAUUAGUCAAGCGUCUGCGUAGUUUCCAUGUAGGUACUACAGUUACAGUGGAAUGUUGGUCUCUUUAGGUUAGGUUGGCUGUUCAAGCAUAUGAACUUCUUAGGCUGGCUGCUGGGGUUGACCUGACUCUCUAGAGGUCAGAAAUUGGAAGAGUCAUGACCCGACAGGAAACAAGUUGGAAUUCUUUUUUUUUUUUUUUUUUUUUUUUUUUUUGUAGGAUGGAUUGUAGACUGAAACAGCUCCCCAAAGUUCCUUCCUUCGCUUCUUUGGCUUCUCUGCUAUAUAUGUCAUGGAUGGUCAUCCAGUUUGGUUCAACCAAAUUGAACUGGACUGCAUCAUUUUCGGUUUCUUUCAUUGCAGAACAAAUCUGUUUGAUAAUCUGGCUGCAAUUUCUUUGUCCUCCGAGUUGAUUUCGAAGUGAAUUUGUGCAGAAAUGCACAGAACAACUCGAGGAAGACGGCUUAAGCAUCGAGUCUAAUGCAAAGUCGCACGACAUGGCGGAAGUCUUAUUGGCUUAGCAAAGUUAGGAAGUAACCCUUAAGAUAAUACCAAGAAAGUUUCAUUAAUCAGUACAUAAUAAUGAUGAUUUGGUUCCCUCAACCUGGACCAUUAAUGCACGAUUCCAUCUUAAAACCUGAUCCAACCAUUUUGACUCAAGGAGUUUUCGCUAUUAUCUUUUUGUUAAUCCAGAAGAAGCUUGGGGACUACGGCAUCAUGACGAGAAUAUGUCGACUGCAAUGGCUGCUGUGUUUAGGUGGACCGGACCAGCUCCUAACCCGCCUUGAGUCAAGUUUCGUUUGGACUCCAUUUAUCUAAUUAGUAAGAGUAUUUUAUAUAAUUAAUGGCCUCUCAGAUUCAUUCUCCUUGUAUAUGCAUACAUCACAAAUUACAAAUAUUAUUCCCAUUCCACUGAAAUUCCACCCCAGUUUAUGGAAAUGCGGACUUAGACCAAGUUUUCUUAAUAGAUAUAUUAACAAAAAUAUGCGAAGCGAUAAAAAAUAACCUAUAACGACACAGUUAAAUGAAGACAAUUAUCGAUU